ACGUCGAUCUUUUGGGGGCAUGGCCAAGCUCUGCGUCGGCGACCUCGUGCUCUUGGUCGCCCAAGGCAGCGACCUGUCCUGGUCCCCCGAGUCGAGCGCAGAUCCCCAUCCCGCGAUCGGCUUCCUCGCUUCCUGCGAGCAUGCAGUUCCUUCCUCGGGGAUCGUCCAUCGGGCGGCUGGGGUCGAGACGCUCACGCAGACCGAGGCGCUGGAGCCCAAGAGCGUACUGCCAUGCGUCUUCCGUGUGGAGGCCGUGCUCAACAAGGAAGACAUUGUCCGCGUCGACCUCCAGAGGAAGCUCGAUAGCCGUGCGCUCGAGAACGAGAUGGCAUACAAGGGCUAUGGCACCGAGGUGAAGCUCGGGCAAUGCAUUCGCCUCGUUCAUUACCACACCAACCAAGUGCUUUGCAUCAACGUCAACGAGCGCGGAGUCAAGCCCUUUACGAUGAAGAUUGGCUUCGAGUCCCCACACGCGUUCAACGCCGCCUGCGACGUGCCAGCUCGCGAACAAUCAAUGGUGCAAGCCCCGGUCAAAACCAAGAUGGACGGGGACACGGUCCUUAUUGAAGACGUUGUGCAUCUCUACAGCGCCCGCUGGGAGCGCUACCUCGACGUCGCAACGAGCCACCUCCAAGAAAGCAUCCUCGACGUCGUCGCUGGCAAGGACAAGACGCGGUGGCAGCUUGUACCGUUCGCCAACCAUGAGUCGUCCGUACCGGCGCUGCGCGGCGGCGACAUUCUGCGCUUCUGCCACGUCGAAAGCGAACACGUCCUCGAACUUGCGUCGGAUGUUCUGGCCCUAACCUCGAGAGUGACCUCGAACGCACUCUGGGCGGUCGAGCCCCUUCACGCCAAGUGGGGCGGCAAAGCAAUCGCGCUUGAUGUGUUCCAGCUGCGCCACGUCGCUACGGGCAAGCUUCUCGCUACCAGUGCGAACGCGCCGCUGUGCGUCUCGGCCUCGUCAACCGACAACGGACCCGCCACGUUCUUCAAGCUCGGUAGCAAGCACGGUGGAUCAUCAACUACUUUCCACAUUCAGCACGAGGAGAGUGGCGUCUGGCUCUGCGGUGUCGCAGGAAACGACGACACAACCAUACCCUUGCACUGCUGCCGCACCGUGCGCGACAGCGACGUCUUCCGAGUGCAACGGCCGAGUGCGACCGAAGUGUCCGUCCUUCUGGACGUGCUCUUUACAAAACACCAGUUUGCACGACACUGCGCACAGCUGCAGCGCGUCCCGAACGUAGAUUUGCUCGCGUUUCAGGACGUGCAGCCGCUCGAGAUUUGCCUGCGGGCGGUGCACAAUGUCCUGCGCGAGCACCCGUCGCUCAAGUUUAUUCUCUGGGACCAGUCUGUCUUGGCGUCGCUCCUCGACAACUUGGCAGCAAUCUUGCACACGCAUCAAGGCGUGUACCAGCGGCACGCGGAGCUGCGCACGUGUGUCCGCGCCCUUUGCUUCCUCAUCAAGGACUACGUCACGGACGAUCCGACGAGCCAGCGCACGAUCCACCCGUACCUUCCGAUGCUGCAAGACCUCCUCGGCGCCAACGAAGCUGUCGCCAAAGCGCUCACAGCCUGCGUGCGUGACAACGAAUCGUUUCUGCAUUGCAUUACGCGCCACCAGAUCCAAGAGACGCUGGAUCGUAUGGCGCAACUGGCUGCGUUUGAGUGGGUGCACGAGUACUGGGUCUACCUCGAGACGCUCUGCACGUGCAACGGCGUCGUGCUCGCUCAAAACCAAGCGCUUGUGCUGGAGGAGCUUUUGGCGCGGAACCUCUUGCCCGCCGUCGUGAACGACGUCGUUCUCGUGCCCCAAAAGACGACGACGACAUGGGAGGUCGUUUCCAGUGCGCUCGGCGAGCCAACACAGCUCUACGUUGCCAAUGCGUUACGUCUCCUCGCACGGCUCUACCAUGGCCAAGCGAGACCAUCGAGUCCGCUGGUGCAGUUCGUCACGGACCACGGGCUGCACUUGCUCGAGAACGAAGGCAUUCCCGACUGCAUGCGCGCGGGACUGUGCGCGUUCAUCACAGCCCACAAUGUCCAAGGGCACGCGGCAACGCUAUUUUACACGCAAGAUUUUUCGGCCGUCUCGCGCACACGUAGCUGGCUUGCACCGUACAAACCCAUGUGCACGCGCGCUGUGGACCCGUCGUCGUCGUGGACGUGGGAAGAAUGCAUGGACCAGAUCACGCCAUACGCGACGUUUGCCGAAACCUACUUGACUCGAACCAUCACAGCGAACCCCGAAGUGUUGGCACCAGGAACACGCCAGUUGCUUUUGGUCGUGCUUACACUCGCGGAAACCUGCAUCUGCCUCGGGUACUACCAGACACCCAAGCUUCUCACCGCACUUGUGCACGUGCUGGUGACGUACCUCGGCUCUGCAACGGGCGAUGCCGUCGACAUCAAGGUGCGCGUUUGCCACGUCUUGUCCAAGCUUGCGACGGGGCGUCUCAACAACCAAGUUUCGGCGCUUCUGGACGUUGUGCGGCAACACAGUGCGUCGGCCAGUGCGACGACGCACGUUGCACUCGAGGACGCCUUUCAUACCGUGCUCGUUCAAGACGACUGCUACGCAAGUGUCGACUACAUUGACGUGCUCUGCAGUCUCUGUCGCCACGGGUGUCAUGAGCUCACAAUGCUGGCGCUUGGUUUGCUCUACUCGUACUUCAACACGCUCACGGAAAUCCGGUGCAUCGCCGAGAGCCUCUUGAUUCUGACGUCGGACGCGUGGGAGCGCGUCUAUGAUGAGCUCCGGGAUAUCGCCAUCGCGAUGGACUGCGAGAACCCCGAGGCGCCGCUCCAUCGGGCCUUGGCUCUCGUGACGGCGCAGCCGCUUGAAAAGUACCAGCAAAUGCAGCGAUUGCUUUUCCACGUCGGGCUUCAUACGAUUGUCAUUGGCCUUCUCCGACGUCAAGCAACGCGGACGUCGACCGAGUGGGUUCGCCAGUGCUACCAGAUCCUAAUGCACAUGAUUGGCUGUGACCGAUCGUUCGAGUCGCUUCUCGUGGCGCACGUCGAUCUCUUCUUGCGCGACCUCCCGUUCUUCCCGAGCGAAGUGUCCCACUUCGUGCGAAGCGUCUUGGGUCACAACGAAGCGCUCGUUCAAACGAUACCAGCCGCGCAAGUCCGUCGCGUCGCCGACUUGCUCGUGGCACCGACGCUCUUCGAAGCGCCGUCGGCGCGGUCGCGGAUCCUCGAAGUUUUAUUGCAUUUGGUCGUGACCAAGCAAGGCGAGUACAUUGAGGCCAACCAAACGCUCGUCUUCAACGCGCUCUCGUCGCACCCGACGACCCUCGACCUCUUUACAGAGGAGGCAGGGUACCAAACACGCCUCGACUUGAUGGCCCACGUCGACAAGCCACUCGAGAUGGCGCUGCUAACGAGCACUCACUGCAUCGAGAGCAUGCUCAAGGCGCACCCGGACCUCCAUCGACUGCACUACCACGCGACGCUGCUGCACCUUCUCUCGGUCUGUAGCCAAGGCAAGAACCACCGGGUCGAAGUCGAGUGCCGGUCGCUUCUUUCACUCGAUGACAUCGUACGCGCGCUCGUCGACAGUCGCACCAUUUUCAGCGUCCGAAAAACGCUUAUGGCGUUCCUCGACGCGGCGUACUUUGACGUUCAGAUUCCGAUUUCUGGCCUGGCCGAGAACCCCGCCGUGUGGUCGCUCCUCCAGUAUGUGGUCAACGACCUCACUGUUGUGCUCCACAUGGCCGACGCCAAGUAUUUCGAGGCCGAGCUGCCGGCAAAUGCCGAAGUGACGCUGGCGACACUCACGUCCGAGGCGCGUAUCUUCAGUGCGAUAUUGGCUUUCCUCGACGACGGCGUCCUACCGAUGCUGACCAACUUUUUCUCCCAAGUUGCCGUGACAUUGACAACUGCGCACGCAAAGCACAGUCAAGUGACAAUGAACAUCGCUGCCGUCCUUGUCAAGAUUUUGGACAUUCCGCAUCUGCCGGAGCGUACCAAGACCGCCACGAUCGCAGUCGUGUCUAGCAUCAAGGAGAACGAAAUCUUGGCCAAGCACUCGCCUGCCGUCACACUCACAUCUGGCGCGAGCAGCUUCUCGCGCCUCGUGCACCACAAGCAGCUCACAAUUUCCGUCUUGCGCGUCUGGAAGAACGAGAUCAAGCGCCAGUCUCUUUGGCACAAGGUCAAGCGAGAGGCCCCGCGGAUCAGUGCGAUCUCGAAGGCGGCGUCUAUGCGCCCACGGAAGGAUUUUGGGUCCUUUCGGCUCCGGUACCGCGUCGACACCAAGGCGAAUUGCACCAUCGACACGCCCAUCGAGGACUUUAUGCAGGCGCAACUACGGAGCUUUCUCGGUGGGUUCGAGUCCACGGCGCUGCAUCGCUCGACGCUACUGCAAGCCGAAACCUCGUUUGUCCAUGCGCUCUUGUCACCGUCCAUGGACGAUGUGGUCGGCCACGUCAUUACCUACAUGUGCCAGCACGAUAAAGAGAGUGCGACCAACGCCCACGAACAGCCACACGUGCACUUAAACCUCCUUGGAUGGCUCCUCGACGGCCGCGACGAGGCCCUGAGCGAGCAGCAAGACCGACUCGCCCGUCUCGGGGGUGGCGCCAUGGUCCUGCAAUUGCUCUCGAAAGCCAUCCACGACAUCACCGGGUACCCGGUCCUCGUGCAAGAGACUCUCCACGUCGGCCUUGCCAUGCUGCGCAACGGCAACCCACGCGUACAAGUCGACAUGUUUGCCCAUGUUGAAGCGCUCGGUGAGUCGUUCAUGAGUCGACUCGUGCACUUUUUACGACUGCCGCACGACGAGGAUCUCAUGCCGAUCGUGAUGGACCUCCUCGAGUUCCUUCGGCUCCUCUGCGAAAACCACUUUGCGCCAAUGCAGCUCUACGCACGCAAGCAGCUAAACGCAUUGCGCACGUACGACCUUGUCGACGAAGUCAUCUCGUACCUCUGUGGCUUACUCUGGGUUGUGGACCCGCGCACGCACUCGCUGGUGUGGAACAUCACGUCGCCGAUGCACCUCAGCGUCGUCGUCCAGGCGCUCAACACGCUCGCCGAGUUUGUGCAGGGCUGCGAUGCCAACCAACGGUCUGUGGGCGUCUCGACCAAACUCCUCCACGCCAUCAACGACCUUUUGCGCCACCACUAUGUGAACCACCCGUCAUUAGUGUCGUCGGAGGCGGAGCUACCGCUCGUGUACGACAAUUGCAGCGUCGCCCAAGUCCAAGAGCUCAAGCACAGCGCAAUUGUGCUCGUCUACAGCAUUCUCGAAGGCAACCGCGAUGCUCGCAUGCCAGCCCACGUGCUAUCGACACUGGACACGGCGACGUGGGGCGCCUACUGCUGCGACAUCAAGUGCGAGUAUGAGAUCUACACCCGGCUUCUCGAGCGCGCUCUCGAGACGACGUCGGCAACCAAGGUCACCGUGACGAUCGACGCGUCCGAGCACGAGCGGCUUCUGUCCGCGUCGCUUGAGGCUGACGAGGCGUCCGUGGAGAAGCUCCAAGCCAAAGUGCGCAACCACUGGACCAUCUGCUGUGACGUCUACGUGCUCUUUCAGACGCUCUUUGCGCCGUGCGACGAUGCGGGUGUCGUGGCGCAGACUCAGCUCGAGGCAGGCGCGCCGUCGUUCUUCAGUUGGACCAAGCUCGCCGCGAGCGUCGGGUCGAUCGAGAUUGUGCGCGAGAGCGAGCUCGAGACCAUUUACGGGUGCGAUUUCUCUUUCUUGCAUUUUUACAUGUUGCGUGCGGCGUAG